AUGAAGUUCAAACCCUUGCUGUUCAAGGGUCAACUCCAAAAAAUAAACUUCGGGACAUGUGAUAAUUACAUCCCAGUCAGUGAAUUAAGUAAAAAAUCAUGGAAUCAGCAACAUUUUGCCCUGGUAUUUCCCAAACCACCACGGCCAGGAACAAGAAGGAGAUCAAAACCUUCCCAACUACAAGACAAAACAGUUCCUAGAUAUGAUGAAGACAAAUUAAGGGGAGCUCAUAAACCACCAUUAUGGAUGCACCGUUCUUUAAUGAGAAUUUCUGAGAGACCAUCUGUUUAUUUAGCUGCUAGGAGGCAGCCUCUACAGAAACCAGCUCGACACUCCAGGGAGGAUGCUAAAGAUGCAGCAAAACCUUUAUCUCCAUCAAUAAUUAAGAAAAGUAAGGAAGACAAGAAGGACAAAUCAGAUGCAGAAGCAGAGUCCACAGUUUCAGAGGAAAAACUUAGGAAAGGUUCAGAGAAAGAACCAGGAGCUAAAGAAGAGAAAGCAGAUGCAAAGAAAGAUGUCAAAAUAGAGAAAAAAGGUUCAGAGAAGGGCAAGGAGUCAGUUACAGAAUCUGAAGAUGAAAAAGCAGGUGCAAUAAAAGGUUCUGAAAAAUACAAGAUAGGUUCAAAGAAGGACAACGACUCAGCUACAGAAUCAGAAGGUGAAAAAGGAGAUGCAAAGCAAGACUCUAAAAAAAAUAAGAAAGGGUCAAAGAAGGGCAAGGAGUCUGAUACAGAAACAGAAGGUGAAAAGGGAGAUGCAAAGAAAGAUUCAAAGAAAGAUAAGAAAGGUUCAAAGAAGGGCAGGGAGUCUGAUACAGAAACAGAAGGUGAAAAGGGAGAUGCAAAGAAAGAUUCAAAGAAAGAUAAGAAAGGUUCAAAGAAGGGCAGGGAGUCUGCUACAGAAUUAGAAGGUGAAAAAGGAGAUGCAAAGAAAGAUUCCAAAAAAGAUAAGAAAGGUUCAAAGAAGGGCAAGGAGUCUGAUACAGAAACAGAAGGUGAAAAGGGAGAUGCAAAGGAAGAUUCAAAGAAAGAUAAGAAAGGUUCAAAGAAGGGCAGGGAGUCUGCUACAGAAUUAGAAGGUGAAAAAGGAGAUGCAAAGAAAGAUUCCAAAAAAGAUAAGAAAGGUUCAAAGAAGGGCAAGGAGUCUGAUACAGAAACAGAAGGUGAAAAAGGAGAUGCAAAGAAAGAUUCCAAAAAAGAUAAGAAAGGUUCAAAGAAGGGCAAGGAGUCUGAUACAGAAACAGAAGGUGAAAAUAAAGAUGGAAAGAAGGAUAAGAAAGGGAGCAAGGAUUCAAAGAAACCUGGCGAGAAAGGAGAUGAAUCAAAGGACAAGAAAGAUUCAAAGAAGAAGGAGAGUAAAAAAGAUAAGAAAGAUGAAAAGCCCGGUGAGGCAGAUAGUGAGUCAAAAGAUGCUGCCAAGAAAGAAAAGAAAGAUGCCAAGAAGGAUGCAAAGAAAGAUGCCAAGAAGGGCAAGUAG